AUGCGGAUUAGACAGCUGGCCCCCAAGCUUGCUCGGCGCCAGAGGAACCUGUGCUCAGGUUUCUUCUCGGAGAUCUUUGGGCGGGGGAAACGAGGCUCGGGGUACCACAUUCCUGAGCACAUAGAGAAGCCGGACUAUGCUGAGGAUGGGACCCCCAAAGGGAUCCCCCCGGUGUUUCCCUGGAUCAUUUACCAGAACACGCCGGAGGAGAUUGAAUGUGCUCGAGAGGCUGGCAGGAUAUCGAGGGAGGUGCUUGAUGCUGCAGGCAAGGCGGUUCAGGAGGGUGUGAGCACAGCGGAGAUAGACGAAGUUGUCUACCAAGAGACUAUCAAGAGGGGGGCGUACCCCUCCCCGCUCAACUACCGCGGGUUCCCAAGGUGCGUGUGCACUUCCCUCAACGAGGUAGUAUGCCACGGGAUACCGGACCCGAACAGGAAGUUUGUGCAGGGAGACAUCGUCAACAUAGAUGUCUCCUGUUACAUUCGUGGUUACCACGGCGACAACAGCGAGAUGUUCUGUGUGGGGGAGGUGGAUGAGGGCGCAAAGAAGCUGCUCAAGGUCACGUACGACAGUUGGCAGGCGGCAAUCGCCAUCUGUCGUCCUGGGGUUCCUUACAACAAGAUAGGCCAUGUCAUCGACGAUUAUGUCACCAGUCACGGGUUCUCGACGACCAAGAACUUUCUCGGCCAUGGAGUCGGCAAGAUUUUUCAUACCACCCCCAACGUAUUCCAUCAUGGAACGUCGCGCGACCUGGGGAUCAUGGCUCCUGGCCACAUUUUUACCAUUGAACCUAUGAUCAACGAGGGCACAGAUCAGAACCAUACCCUGGAUGAUGGUUGGACAAUCGUCACCUCUGACAACAAGCGAAGUGCUCAAUUUGAACACACCCUUCUUAUCACUGAAACAGGCGUGGAAAUUCUGACAAAGAAGUCAGCAACUUCCCCGAAGCAGUUUUGGGAAUGA